CUAAUCAAUACACACCCCCUUUUACGUAUCUGUUCUCGGUUUUUUCUUCUCAUUCACGAUCGGAUGCACCAUAUUUACUCCCACCGGCGACCCUCCUCCUGCCAACCAUCGUUGCCGGCGUCGCCUACCUCCUUCUCCAUUCAGUGGAAGCUUUAUGACCGCUUAAUGAGGCUUGAAACCGGACUCAAUGGGACGAGAAGCCUAAUAGAGGCAUCACCUGAGUCGUGGGAGGAGAAAAUAAAGGAGAAUAAAGAAUAUGCCAAAUUUAGGAUAUUUGAUGAGAAAUAUGCUCUUUUGUUUGAAGAUUCCAUUGUCAUUGAAGAUCAAACUAUGACUCCGUUACAAUUUCAAAAAAAUAGCAAUCCGAACGAAAAAAAUAUGGAGGGCAAAGGAAAUAGUUAUGAAAUCAAUUUAGAUGAUGAUGAGCCUCUUUUUCAUAGUUUCCAUGAAAGUAGUUCAACAAAAAGGAAGAAGAAAAAGUCAUUUUCCAACAACUGUUCAACCAAGAGUAAAAGUUUGGUUUAUGAGGAAACAUUAAAUAUUUUAUUGGACGCCAUAUCGUAAAAAACACACAAACUUUUCUACACAAUAAUCCAUCCCCAAUAAUAAUAGAUUACAUGGCCAUUGUCAUCAAGUUUCCCGAUUUUCGUGAAGGGACCAAAGAAUUUUCACAAGCAUUAGUUGUUUUCACCAAAAAGCAAAAUCAUGACGCUUUUAUGUUUCCAACGAUUGAUGAAGCCAAGAUUGACUUCCUUAAGUUUAUUAUGAAAUAAUGAUUUUUCAUUUUAAAUCAUGUCUUAUCGUUUAUGUGUUAUGCUUUGACAUUAUGUGGUAUCUUUUCACAUUACAUGUUGUCAUUUGACAUUAUGUAUUCAACAUUUGACAUUAUGUAUUUGACAUUUUAUAA